GAAUAGUGCGUGUGGAGACGUUACGUAAUAAGGUCAACAGAUACAUUGCAUGCAAUGAUCUUGUAUACCGGGCCUCCUAAAGGUCAUGAAGAGUUCAGUUCACUGGUCAUGUACAUGGAGAGAUCCUGCGUGUCCCGAGAUAAUUUGAUUCAAUCGAAACCAUGGGCCUAGUAUACAGCUCAGCAUGCCGAGUUUCAGAAAACUGGCUCUCCUAUGGAAUAAGAGUACGGUAGGGACCACUAGAAAUAUCUUCAAUGUUGACAGUGGCUAUCGCAUGCAAGAUGACCAAGUUUUGAACCACUUUCCAAACCAUUAUGAGCUGACACGCAAGGACUUGAUGGUGAAGAAUAUUAAACGUUAUCGGAAAGAUCUUGAGAAGGAAGGGAGCCCCCUGGCUGAGAAGGAUGAACAGGGCAAAUACAUGCACUUAGACUUCAUCCCAGUCACUUUCUUACUGCCGGCUGACUAUAACCUGUUUGUUGAAGAGUUUAGGAAGAAUCCGUCUAGUACCUGGAUCAUGAAGCCUACGGGAAAAGCACGUGGAAUAGGCAUCUUUCUAAUCAACAAACUAUCUCAAAUCAAGAAAUGGUCAAGGGAUAGCAAGACUUCAUCGUUCCAAGCUCCUUCUGCGAAGGAUGCCUAUGUGAUCUCAAAGUACAUUGAUAACCCGCUACUGAUUGGAGGAAAAAAGUUUGAUCUGCGAAUCUACGUCCUAGUCACAUCAUACAGACCUCUUAAAUGUUAUUUAUACCGACAAGGUUUCUGUCGUUUUUGUACCGUCAAAUACAGCGCUAACGUGAAUGAGCUUGAUAACAUGUUUAUUCAUCUGACCAACGUAUCAAUUCAGAAAUUUGGGGACGAGUAUAAUUCUCACCACGGUGGCAAGUGGACGGUUCAGAACCUGAGGCUUCACUUAGAAGGUACCAGAGGGAAAGAGGUGACUGAUAAAUUGUUUGAUGAGAUGAACUGGCAGGUUGUGCAUUCACUAAGAGCUGUCUCUAGUGUAAUGGCCAAUGAUCGACACUGUUUUGAGUGCUACGGCUAUGACAUCAUCAUUGAUGACAACUUGAAGCCAUGGCUUAUCGAAGUGAAUGCAUCUCCAUCGUUGACAUCGACGACAGCAAACGACCGGAUCAUGAAAUACAAUCUCAUCAAUGACACUAUCAACAUCGUUAUGCCAAAUGGAGAAGUGCCCGAUGUGAGAUGGAACAAGAUACCGCCUAAGGAAUGCUACGGACAUUAUGAUCUAUUGUAUGAUGAAGAUCUUGCCCAGCUUGACCUUACGGAGAGAGAGGUCAAAGGUCGUCCAGGUGUGUCAACAUUAUUUGGGGCCAGAGGCCGUGACUCAAAAUCGAGAACGACGACGUGGAAAUGAAAUUACUCAAAACCUUAGCUUUUGUAUGAGAACGCUUUCAGAUUUUAUCUUAGGAUUUAUCCUGGUGGUCAAUGACUGAUCUAAUUGUGACAUGUUAGGAUUGUCUCCCAGAUGUGACACAAACUCGAGAACAACAACAACAUGGGAAUGAUUUCACUCAAAACUUAAGUUUUGGUAUUGAAAGACUGUAGGAAUCUAUCUGUAGGAAAUGUCCUGGUGGUCAAUGACUGAUCUACAUGUAACUGUGAUAUGUUAGAUUUUCUCCCAGAUGUUAUGCCGCAAACUCAAGAACGCCACCAUGGGAAUGAUGUCAUGAAGUUCUGGGGAGCAUUUAAUCAAUAUUUUCGUCUGACAAACAUUGUCAGAUCUAACAACUUUCUUUGAUUCUGAUUGGCUGAGACUCUUGACUCUUAAACCAAGGGUCGGCGGUUCAAAUCCCACCCGGCACUAAUGUCAUUUGGCAAGGCACUUAUCCACAUUUGUCACUCUCCCCCAGGUGUAAAAUGGGUACCCAGUAGGAUGUGAAUGUCAAUGUGAUUAGAUUGGCAUGUGUGGACCGACAAACGGUUGCCUGGCCAGGAUACUCCCUGGGGAGUGGAGAUGGUGCAAUUUAUGGUGUGGAACAGUGAUGGAUUCUACUUCUGGGGUUACAGAGAUGCCAACCGUUACGGAUUCGCCGUAUUUGUUCCGAUUUUAUUCCUCCAAUUACGGUGUUACGGCAACAAUAAAAAGGUUACGGAAAAAACAACUACAAUACAUGUGUAUUGUGUAUUGCUUUGCUGUGCGUGUGUAUAUAUGCGUGUAUUGUGUAUUGUGCAUGUAUAUGCGUGUAUUGUGUAUACAUGUAUCGUGCAUGCAGCGUGUGUGUGGCCAACGGUAAACCAACGGGAGUUUCUCUACUGAGAUUUCUAUUGCAAGCGCCUCCGCGCUGCUGCUGAAUACACAGCGAAGUGCGGAGUGCAAGCCACGGUUCAUGCAUGCACAAUGUCAAUGGCGAUUGACUGUACACAUACAUGUACAUGUAAUCAUUGGGUGGUUGAGCGUAUAAACGAUGCUACUUCGCGGGAUGUUCCUGAGAAACUCCCAUUUGUUCCUGACAAAUAUGGUAAAUAUUCCUGACAACCAUCCCUUUAGGUUGGCAUCUCUGGGGUUAUAAUAGUUACAAUGUAAAGCACUUAGAAACCAAUGUAUAAGGCUCUAUAUAAAUAUAACUAUUACAAUUUUAUUAUUAAACUAUCUGACUUGUCAAUACAAUUUGUCAUUAGUACAAGUCAUCGGCAAAUUCGCCAGUUCAAAUCAGGACUUGAAAAUUUUUGGCACAACCAUCCUCUGAAGUACAGACCUUACCAAAAAUAAGAAAAAUCAACAAGGGGCACAUAAGCAUAUUGCUUUACGUCUCAACAUCCAAGUAUUAAAGUAAAUAAAGGGCAGAUCAUGUGUCUGCUAGAUACGCUUAAUUAAUUUCUGUAUUAUUCUUGAAAAACUCGCCAUUGAAAUUAUCAUAAAAGAACACCCACGAUGUGUGUUAUUGUUUAAAGGAAACCAAAUCCCAAGAAGAGAAGCAAUCUUUUUGGAACGAGUAAAAUGAGAGGAACUAUUUAAAUUCAGUUUCGACAAAAUAGGUUUUGAAAUAUGCAAGUUAUGGACGUUUAAAAAGUCUUGUACUUUCUAUGGGGAUCCUCAAAUUCGCCGUCUUGCUUCAGAAUGGCAGAUUCUGUGCACAACUCUCCAUUUGUUUUGUACACAAAUUUUCAGAUUUUCCCCAAUAUCUUUCAAAUGGCAUCUUGCCUCCUAAUGAGCAUAAUAUAUGUCAUGGGAAAAAUAUAAUUCACACCACAUAUGUCGAGGUCAGGUGGAGAUAAUGUGAAAUAUGUAACAUAAAGUGGGAAAAUCUGAAAAUUUGUGUACAAAACAAAUGGAGGGUUGUCCACAAAAUCAACCAUUUUAAAGCAUGUUUGCCAAUUUGAGUAUCCCCUUAGAAAGUACAUGUACAACAAGUCUUUUCAAACUUCCAUAACACGCUUUAUGACCGACUUCGAUGGAACAAGUUUUUAUUUUAUUCUUUAUGAUAAGAUGGAUUCUUUCCUUGUAUUUUGGUUUCCUUUAAUUGCUCAGCAUUAGCCAUUACAAUGCAAACCACAAUGUAAACCGGCAGUUUAAUUCUACCUAUUCAGUCAGUAGGCAAGCCCUCAAAUAGUAGCUUCUUUUAUCCAAGUGAUAUUCAUAUUCCACGCAAAUUCCAAUGUUCCCCACACUGGGCCUCAGCAAGGUCACACCCACCAUGUUACCCACGCCUGUAGUUUUGAAAACCUAAUUCAGCCAAUCAGAACUCUAGAUUUUAUGCUACUGAAUUUCAGAAAUCUCCUCUUGCAUCUUGAUGGGAAAAGCUGGCUGCCGACCCAUCUAAAAGGUGUCACAUAUCAAGAGUCACAUUGUAUGAAAGUAGAGAGUUUGAGCUUUCUGAUGACAUAAAUAAUGUUUUUGCCUUUAAAAAAAAAUUGCAAGAGAAUAUAGAGAAAGAAAACUCUGAGGCAUCUUUUCAGGCCUGGAAUUCACUUAUCAUAUUUUAUUCAAAAGAAAUAAACAAUAUAAAAGAGUAACGUUUACUCUUUCCCAUUAACAGAGGGGCUUGCAGACUGACUGUAUUGUUUCAAACAUAAAUGUUAGGAAUGUGCAACCGUGCAGAAAUGCAAAGAAAGCCGUCUGAAUAUUGACUCACUUGUGGUACUUGCAUAGUCUUGCAAUAAUAGUGGUUGAAUACCCAUGUGGGCGAGUCAUGGUCUAGUGGUCAAGUCUCUCGUUGUUCAAUCCGAGAUGCGUGGGUUCGAUUCCCAGCCAUGUCGUCUUUUCCUUCAGCAUGAAAUUUACCCACAUUGUGCUGCACUCGACCCAGGCGAGGUAAAUGGGGACCGCCAGGAAGUAUAAUUCCUCCGUCAAAAAGCUGCGCACUGGAAUUGGUAGACUAGCUUAGCCGGGGUAAUAUAGGAGCGCCUUGAGCACCUACCAAGGUAGAUACGUGUGCUAUAUACAAAUACCUUAUACUAUUUAUUUGUAAUAGUGAAGUCGCACUGCAGUUUGGUCCUAUGUUGCGUUUUAAGGUGAUUUCAUUUAAAAGUAUGUACCCCCUUUUAUUUAAAAUAAAAAAAAUUAUUUUUAUCCACUGUGUGCCUCGCAUGCAGGCAUUGAUAUCAUUAUCAAGCAUACCGAGAACAAUCCCAACCCAGAUUACUGAUGUAUUUAGAAAUCUUUUGUACGGAAUACAGGUUUCCCUCUUUCAAUCUACCCCUUUUUAAAAGGUUUCGUUUGUUUGGUUUCUUUAAAAAAAAGCAAGUUAUUUCAUACAAUCCACUCUUUACAAAGUGAGAAAUUACACUGAAAUCUCUUGUUAUUCUUUCAAUUUUGCUUAAAUAUAUAUUUAUGUUAAAAAUGUUCAUUAUGUUAAAAUGCAUCAUAAAACUUUAGUCUACUUACUCCAAAUCUCUUCCCUUUCUUCGUCCUUUGUAUACAUUUCUCUCUGUAUCCCUUUCCUAUAUUGUGCAUUUUUUAAAUAUGUACAUUUGUUUUACUGUUUAUCUGUUUUUAUACUGAAAUUUUUCUCUGGACAAAUGAAUGCAAUUCAGUCGUUGGCUGCUAAUUGAAUGUUAUCAUAAUAAAUACAAUUUAUCUAUCUAUGAUAGAUCAGUUGGUAGAGUCACCAGGGAUUGAUCCCCACAUAAGGUGGUUUCAGACCGCCUCGAAGUUCGUCAGUUCCAGGUAUUCUCUGAUCGGGAAAUUUACCCCGAUCAGAAAAUACCAGGUAUUUUGGUAAUGUGAAAGCAAACUACGCGUACCUUCCCCGAAAGAAAAUACCCGCUAAAUAGUAGGUACUUGGCGAAAUUACGAGAACUUUCGCGGGGAUUUUUCCAAGGUCGCAGGUAUUUUGACAAUGUGAAAGCAAUUUACGGGAACUUUUAGCCCAGCGUGUCGUUGGGCACGGGCGCCGUGGGUGGCUGCUGGGCUAGUGGUUUUGAAUCUCGCGCCUUGCCUGCUUAUUAGACCAUACUGCGCAUGCUCCUAACUUCAGAAAUUUAUCCCGAAGGGUAUGUUUCGGGGCGGUGUGAAUGCAGGAAUAAUUAAUGGGUAUUUUUUAGCCUAAAAAUGUUCUUGUAAUUUAACGGGGAUCCUUGUGAUCGAGGCAGUUUGAAACCACCUAUAGUGCGCUAUUGCCUUUUGGUAAAGGUAUCUUAUCCUUAUUUAUUACUGGCACCAUGUCACUCAGAGACAGGGUGGAAAACAGAUUUUUAUUUUUAGGGGCUAUUUUUCUUUUUCCUUAGAGAAUGUUCCAUUCAUCAAAUAAAGAAUAUGCCUUAUGUAUAUUACUGAAAUGGAA